GGGCGGGACUACAAGUCCCGGCAGACCUCGCGGCGGGCAGCCAAUAGCCGUCCGCCGCCCUCCACCUUACCCGGCUUUGGAUUAAAGAUGGCGGACCAGAGUGAGACAGCAGCGGGCGAGCGGCUGGAGGAGGACGAGAACGGCCACGGGCACUGCAGCGACUGCGAGAAUGAGGAAAAACACAGCUACAACCGCGGGUAACGACUCGCCUUCCCCGUGUGAGACCCACGGUCCUCCCAGCCGCGCCAUUGUCACCCACCGUGUUCUUACUGCACAGUAAACCCGCCUCUCCUCCUCACUGAUUGGUCGACAGAGAGGCGAUCCCGUGAUCUGAUUGGUCCUGGCACCUGUCACUUUGGGAUCAGGGUUUAUAGUGCAGAUUUUGCAUGAUUAAUACUAGCCAUUAGAUUCAAUGGAGGAAAAUUGUCAGCCUCAAUAAUAUGGAAUACUAUUUAUUGCCGGCAGCAAAAUAGACAUUAAAAAAAUAAAAAUAAAUUAUAUAUAUAUAUAUAUAUAUAUAUAUAUAUAUAUAAUUUCUGUAUUAUUAGAUAAAUUAAAUAAUGAUUAUUACUAGCCAUUGGUUUAAAUGGAGGAAAAAUAUCAGCCUCAGUAAUAUGGAAUACUAUUUAUUGCCUACAGCAAAAUAGACAUAAAAAAUUCAAAUUAAAAAAAUAUAUAUAUAUUUUUUGCAUUAUUACAUAAUGUAAUAAAAUAAUUAAAUUAUUUAGAAUAUAAUUAUUGCAGACUGUAUAUUAAGUUAUUUCAUUAAUACUACAUAGAAAAUUUUCUGUCAUACAGUAAAAUGACUGCCUUUCAGAUAAAUCAACAAAUGGCUCUUCCUAUUGUGUCCACAGUCAAAAUUGUAGAAUAGAGAAACACAAUUUAUUUUUUUACUUUUUUUUUUUUAAUAGCAGUGCUAUAAGAAAAGAUUUAUUCUUAUAAAAUCCUCCUCGUAUAAUCUUUCAAUACAGUUAAUUGUAGGCUUUACUAAAGUUGCAAUUAGUAUUGAUAAUAUCCAGAUAAACUGUUUUGGUUUCAUGCCCAUAUCCUGGUAUCUCCACAGUAUGGUUAGCACCAGGUUACAUUAUUUAUGACUUGCUUAUUACAUUACUAUAAGUGCAGGCCAGUACUUCCCUCUUGGUAAUUGUAUUUGCCCAUUAUUUCACUGUGGUGUCUUAUAUUUCACUAUCCUUGUGGGGAUUCUAGGCAUUUCCUUGUUGAGUCUUGAUUAGUGGGGAUCCCACACACAUUUAUGUCACAGCAGAAUAAAGUACUCUCCUAUGCGGUGUUGCUGAAUUGUGAAAUAUCCAGUAAUAUUGGCUUCUUUUUACACUGUCACAUACACGAUCACAUUUCUUCUUUCUUUGUUCCCUGUUUAGAAAGGGCAUUUUCCAGUAUAUUAGCUGCUUCCUCUGCUGAGCACAUGUAUGUGUGUAUUCUUUAAAAAAAAAAAAAAAAAAAAAAAUUAUGCAGGUCCCAUGUCAUCCACAUGUCAUCUGGGCCUUUUGGUUGUCAGUUCAGGAAAUUGAAUACUUCACAGAAUUUCAGUACUGGGUAGAUUUUUCUCAAUCUCAAAAGCAGGGCUGUCAUUCUGAAUUGUUAGUGCCUAGACUAGAGCAUUGUUCAACGAUGAAUAAUUUUAAUUGGUAACUUGCGUGUUGUAAAUUAAAAGCCUAAAACUGUUCAUGCGUUUAUGGUGCCCAUGGACUGAAUUUGACACCCUUAUUUAUAGGAAAGUAGCUUUUUAAUUACGUAUAACACUUGUCAAAGAUGGUUGUACAAGCAGCCUUGUUUAAAUGCUGUUUGUGUGGUGGAAUAGAUUGCAAGAAUGCUGAGCUAGUUCGUUAUCUUUUGUGUCGAAACGCCUGAAAAUGACAGAGAAAUAUUAAUAUUCACAUUACUGUUUAUCUAAACACUUUCUAGCACAGUGUGCAGCUGAUAAGAGAAUAUUUCAGCAGGAUUCUUCGUAUUCAAAUCUUAUCUUUGUGUAAUAUAUUACCAAAUAAUCAGCAUUGAUAUGUGCGGCAAUACCCCAAAUUUAUUUAGAUAAAAUGGUGUGACAACCAUUAUCCACAACUCCUGAAAGACCUUUAUUUCCAAACUUUGCACCAUUGUUCUGUGAUCUCACAUCUGCUUGGUCAUCCAGACACUUUAUGUGAGCUUAGAAUUAUCAGUAGGUAUCUACUGCACACAGCAUGAUAUAGGUCAGCCAUUAUCUUUGAUAUCUGAAGUCAAUGGGAGGGUAUUUAUGGAAAAAAAGAAAUAUCUAUCAUUCCUCACUUUAUUAUUUGCCUGUAUGUGAAAAGCAUUGCAUGCAUCUUAUAGAGAAGGCGAAUCAACUGCAAUGACAAGACUGUCCUUGUACUGGAUUAUAGGUUUUUUUUUUUUUUUUAAAGGGGGUCCUGUAAUCUAAAUAGAACAAGGCACACCAUUUAAUGUUAGUAUUUCCUUAGUCUGUUGUUAAUGUGAUAUUUGAUUUUUGUCUGAGUCACAAUGUAGUUUAAUCCUGGUACAGCCAGGGCAUACAGUUGUGUUGGACUGCAACAUUUGAGGAAACAACAUUGUUUUGUUUCUUCUCCUUUCUAUACGUACUCUCUGUUCUAUAAAACAGAUGCAAAGUGUCACACUAAUAACUGUGAUUGACAGUGAGCCAACAUGGGGGCGCUCUGGCCCUGGAUAAAACUAAUUACAACUAAGGGGACUUCAAAAAAGAAAUAUCUAGAUAGAUAAUGUAGGGACUAGGUAAACAUAACCUGGGGGUUGGCAUCCAGACCACUCCAAUGGGCCUGGAGUGUCCCUAAGUAAAUCGCUUAACUUCAAAUGGGGGGAGGGAGAUAUCUAUAUAGUGAUUAUGACACUAGCAUUAGGGAUAUAUAUUUGUAUACAUAGCACUCUAGUGUUCCUUUAAUACCUAGAAGUUACAGUUCCUAUUUAACAUAUUGAUCUGAUUAGCGAACUCCCCUCCUGAUUUGUAAAGGCAUGGAUUCUAUCACAAGAGACCAUUUACUCCCAGGAAAUUUAUCUUUUCCGCUUUGUUUAAAGAAUCUAUCUAUUCAUGUACACUGAAUGAACUGAAUUACCAUUUUCUUCAAUGCUUGAUUCCACCCACUCUUCAAACAUGUGGCUAGAACCCAAACAGCUGAUACCCCCUGUAUCUCUCUGGCACCAUCUCUCACUGCAUCUGUCACAUGCAAUAGGACUUUAAAUAGGUCUGUGUCACACCCUCCCAGCUCAGAGGCUGUAAUAGGAUUAACAGGUAUGUUUCACGCAUAAGCCCCUUCUUUCUGCUUUAACACUGUAUCUCCUAUUCGUUGAUAUCCUGACGCUGUGGGCAAAUUACACUUGAUUUGCUACAUUAUCUGUGCUUUACUUGUACAGACUUGAUUAUGUGUGUGCAUUUAUGUAAAAUAUUAUAUCAGGGCUUGACAAAUAUGAGAUCACAGAGAAUCCUUUCUUAAAUUACUGCCGGGUGAUAUGCACACAUGUGGAAGCAUUAAAGGGACACUAAAGGCACUUAAUGUCAGUGUAGUGGUCUGGGUGCAAUGCCCCUGGCCUUUGAGCCUGCAGUGUGAAACAUUGCAGUUCAGCAGGGUUAAGUAAAACGCUUUAAUAGAUGAUAUGCUGCUCCACUUGAUUGGCACUGAACGGCAUGCACAUUGAAUUGGCUGAGAUCAUCAGCAUUGACGUUGAUUUCUGCCAAUGAGGUGGAGUUGCAGUGAAGAGAUCGGCGUGGGCUUAAACGUGAGAGAUACUCCCCUUUCACACCCUCACAUGGGAGGACGGUACACCUCGAUAGGUUUCUGGACAUUAUAGCACAUAGUAUAAUGUACAGUAGUAUAAACUAUAUUUUACUAAUAAAGUCUUCUGUUUCAGUGUGGGGGAUGAGAGCGGUGUUAAGAAGAAAAAGAAACAGAAACGCAAGAAAGAAAAAGCAGUGGACAAGUUGGAGACUUCUGAGGCUCAGGUAACAUGUAGUUGCUCAAAGUUGUGUUUUUGUUUUGCUUUUUCCAGGCAAUGUUGUAUGCGCAUGCACAAAAUAAGUGCCUGAAGAUAUUUUUUCAUUAAACAAACUGGGCAGAGGCAUCUGCAGUGGGGCAGUGUAUGGUAAAGUUCACUGGCAGGCUGUUUAUGAAGAGAGAAAUGGCUGUGAUCCAAGUCACUCGACAAUACAUUGUUCCAUUGACUUGUAGCUUUGUGCUGAUAUAAGUGCCACCCCACUGCACUAACACUUGGUGUUUCACCAGAUUGGCACUCUUCGUAUCAGUCCCAUCUAAUAGAAACCUACCUUCUCAGUCUCACUAGUCCUCUUGUAUCCAAAUGUCACAAACCCCCCACAAUUCUACAAGCCUAUAGCCACUUUAUUUUUGUUUUGCAGUAGCUAACUCCAAAUUUCACUAGCAUGCUUACUCGUAGUGUCCCUGUGCUUCCACCUCUGUGUUAUACUAUCUGCCGUUGUCUUUCCUAAAAUCCCUACAAGCCGUCUCACUAAACAAAGUUAAUAGUAAUGAAGUGGAUGAUAAGAUGACAUGGCAGACAAAAAGGUUAACAAGAGGAUCGAGGAAGCAUGAAUUCAAAUACACAUAUCAAGUUAAAAAAAAAGUAAAAUAGAAAAGACAAAAUUAAAAAUAGCUGCUAAUUAAAACAGAUCUUUACACUUGUUCUGGGUGUUAAGAAAAGUGUGCGUGCGUGUGUCAGAACAAUUGAUAUUGAUCUUGAAAACAAUUGAAACCAGAAACCAACAACAUACAAAAAGUAACUAUAUAAUAGAUGUAUAGUAAAAGCACACUCACAAUUUAUAGAGCUGCUCUGCUGUAUUCAGCAUGGACAGUACAAUCCUCGUCUCUGUAUAUAUUAUGCAGUGGUGAUGGUAUACACCAUCCAGGCAACAACGUAAUAUGUAAAAACAUAAAAUAGAAAGUGUCCAUUAAUACAGUAUGUAUAAAUAGUGACAGUGUCAAAGAAAAAGGGUAAAUAUCCUACUUAUAUGGAGCAGAGUAAGAAACUUGCUCUAGUGGUAUAUAGCAUUGGUGGUACAAUCCCUACCUGGGAUGUGUGGAAUCAGGAAGCCAGCAAGAUGUAGAGAAGAAUCCGAAAUAAAUUUAAAAGAAUUAAACUUUUUAUUUCAAUUACAAAUAUAUAAAAUAUAAAAUCAGUAUUGCAGCAAUACACAAUAUAAAGUAAGGCUAUAUAACCACACCAAAUGCAUUUCACCAUAAGGCUUUAUCAGAACUUCUACUUAAAUAAAAAUAAAUGCUGUAGAACAGCGAGCAAUUUAUGCAGGGAGGUUAGUAGAUUCUGAUCCCUUGCAGCUGCUGCAAGACUCAUGACUUGUGAGGCUAAUUGUGCUCUUACCAGGGCCGAAUUUUCACUCACAUAUAGCAAGUAGACGAGUGGAAAUUUUGAGCCCUGUUUUUAGUAAGCACUGUUUGUGUUAUGAUUAUUUUUUUUCUGAUGCAGUUUUUAAAAUAGGAUAUAAAAAAAAAAAAAUACAAUAGAUGUGAAAAAAGGUGCUUAACAAUUCUGUGUAAAUAGAUCAAUAGGUAGUAGUUAUAAAACUCUUUGAACACUCCUCAGGAUUCCACAAAUACAAAAAUAUCAAAAACAAAUUACAUGUUUAGGCGAUAAAACCAAAAAACAAAAAGUUGUGAAUAACACUUACCCCUUAUAUACACUAGGGUACCAAGAAUGUGUGUGUGUGUGUGUGUGUGUGUGUGUGUGUGUGUGUGUGUAGAAAAGAAAGCCACAAAAAAAAUGUAAUAGUACAAGGUAGUCACAAAUGGAUUUUAUUAAGAUUCUGUAAAUAACAGUGUGAUGAAUUGUCUUGUUUACACAUAAGACAUGUGUAGGCGUUUAUAAAGGAGGGACUCGAUGAUGGUUUGUCCCUGGUUCUAGAGUGCAGACCUUAACCAUCACUGGUCUUCAUCAUUGCUGUUAUACAGAAAAUCUUGGACUCUUACUGUCAGACUGAAUAAGUUCCUUGAGAAAACAGAGCAGAACUCACCUCUUUCCUUUCCUUCUUCAAUCUCUAGGUGAGCACACUGCCUGCUGAGAAAAUCCAAGAAAUUCAGAAGGCGAUUGAAUUGUUCUCUGUGGGCCAAGGGCCAGCUAAGACGAUGGAAGAGGCCAGCAAGAGAAGCUACCAGUUCUGGGACACUCAGCCAGUCCCCAAGUUAGGUAGGAACCAAAUAUGCAACCCUCCUUAAUAAAUAUAACUUUGGAUACAUAAGUCUGUGUAAGGUAUAAAUUUCUGUUUUGUAAUUGGGCUUCCAAAAGGUAUCUCUGUCUUCAAGUUUUUGUGUGUGCAUGGAUAUAAUUAAUAUAUAAAACACACACACACCCCCACCCCAAGGUUAGCUAUCCCUCCCUUACUGUCAGUUAGAAUUUGUUUUAUCUUUUGAACUAAAUCUAGUGACUUUAAAUUCCGUCUAUUGUUUCUGUAAUAACUGUAUAUCCCUGUUCUGCAGGGGAGGUGGUGAGUUCACAUGGUCCCAUCGAGCCUGAUAAGGAUAAUAUUCGGCAGGAACCAUACACUCUGCCACCAGGCUUCACCUGGGAUGCCCUAGAUCUGGGCGACAGGGCAGUGGUAAGUGAGACAAAAAGUACAAUUUACAGAUGGGCAAUGAUAGCGUGCUUCCAUCCCCCACCAAAAAAAAAAAAAAAGAGUAGAAAUGACUUCUAUACCAAGUCAGAUAAGUGAAUAAAGACGAUGCAAGUAAAUCUUCAUUAUCUGUAGAUACAUAAGUAAUAGGAUGGCAAGAGUCCAAUAAUGAAAUGAACUAAGGAACAAUGUAUUUAUGUUCAUCAUAGGCAAAUAGGAGAACAGUAUGGUAGAAAGCCUAACGGAAGGACUUGUGCCGAUCAUGAAGAUAAAGGUUGUGUGUGAUGGCGCAUAUUUUAUAUUGGACUCACCGUGUAUAAAUAGCUCCUGAGUUAUGACUCUGCUUAGGGUGCAUGUAAAAAAAACAUUUAUUGUGAAUUUGUUUUCUACAAUAUGAUCUAAUUUAUCUAAUUUUCAAGUGACCCUCCAGACGUCAUUAUUACUCAUUUCAUUUAUGUUGCAUGAUGUGAGUUGGGGGAUUUAAGUGAGAGACCCAUGAUUGCCUUACUUUAAACAGGAUGUCGAGCGAGAACACCUCUGCUUUGUUAUUCUUCUUUGGUUAGAGUCAUUUCUGUCCAUUUGAUGUACGUAUCUAUGAAAUAGCUCUUGGAUUUAGUCUGUACUGUGUGCUGUACUUGUUUCUUUUCUUGAAGAAGUGGAUGAGUGACUCCAAUCCUUAACAUUCAUUAUUUUGUGUGAGCCAUCUCUUGCUCUUCUACCCACUUCUCUUAUUAUUCUUUCUCUCAGCCCCUUUCUUUUUCUCCUCUCUCACCCCUUCUCUCUCUCGAUCCCCUCAGCUGAAAGAGCUGUACACUUUGCUCAAUGAGAACUACGUCGAGGAUGACGAUAACAUGUUCCGUUUUGACUACUCUCCCGAGUUCUUGCUCUGGUGAGUUUGCAGUUCUCUCAUUCCUCCCCGUUUGUGUAAGGGUCUCUUACCUCCAUCUUUAAAUGCCGUUCUAUGUUUUCUAAUUCUUGUUUUGUUCUUUCUCUGAGUGCUUCUAUCAUCUUACCCAUUGUGCUUCUAUCCUUUUUCUUUUUCUACUUUCUUUGUGGCCCCUGUGUGUCUGUAGAAUUCUGGAUGUGUUUGCUUAAGACUAAUUAUUUUCUCCCCUCCCAUGGAUGUUUCUCCAGGGCCCUAAGACCCCCUGGAUGGCUUCCACAGUGGCAUUGUGGAGUGAGAGUUAUCACCAGCAAGAAACUAGUGGGGUUUAUUAGUGCCAUCCCAGCAACAAUGCAGAUCUAUGACUUGUAAGUAUCGCUUUAUUGUGUGCUUUGUAUAGUAGAUAAAUGGCUGUAUUAUGGUAAAAUUAAAACCGCUUUCUAGUUUAAAACCACAGUAUAGGUUCUAAUUUGAUCCUGCGUCACAGUGUAGAAAGGAGCAUCGGCUGCAUCCUCCUUCUGUUCUAUAGAAAUUAACUUUUUACCCCUACACAUUGUAGACUUGCAAUUAUGCUAUCGUCGUGUAUGGAUGAUUUUGUAAGCGUUCCACAUCGAAACAUCUGUUCUGAUGGUUGGCUAUGUAGCUGAAUGUUGAGUGUCUGGUCAUAUGGUGUAGUUUAAAGGGGAAACUGUCACUUAAGAGACAAGUAAAUUAGCUUUGAGUUAGAUUUGUUACUCCCAAGAUGCUGUGUGCGGUGUUGUAAACUAAAGAUUUCUGAACGUGGGCUAUAGCAAAAGCUAUUUUAUAACAAUCACAGCCGUAAUAAUGGAGCUGAGCUGUGGACUGCACAUGUGUGGUGUGCAGCUUUUUAGAUGCUGAGCACCCACCCCAGUUCACAAAUGAAUGAGUUGGGCUGUGAUGGUUUAUAUUACUUUUUCCUUACUCCUUUACUGAGAGACCCACGUAGCAGUAUACCGAGGAACAUUUUAAAAGAUAAAUAAUUCCCCCCUACAAUUUUUAUUACCUGUAUUCAGCCUAGCACCGCACCUUCUCUGCAUUCAGGCUAACAUCCUCUGGCUUCUGUAUGGACGGAAGCGCUGCAUGUACAGACUCCAAGCACCAUGACCACUGCAAAUCUCUGAAGUGGUCAUGGUGCUCGGGGUAACCCUUUAACCCCUUAAGGACCAAACUUCUGGAAUAAAAGGGAAUCAUGACAUGUCACACAUGCCGUGUGUCCUUAAGGGGUUAAUGCAUUUUCUAUAUAAUUUUAUUAAAAAUCUAUAUUAAUAUUAAAAACAAUGUGUGAAUAUUUCAUUUAAAAAUCAACUCUUUAUAAAGUCACUGUCUCUCAAACAUAGAAUGUAUCUGAGAUUGUGAUGGUCAUAUUUGUAUUUAUUUUAAAAUUUCACUUUUAUUUUAAAUAUCAAUAAUGAUGGGUAAGUGGGCAUUGAGGGCCAUCGCUACCAGAUUUGAACAGGGCACUUUUUAAACUGGCCCUGAUUUUAUACAUAUGGGCAUGAGAGUUCAGGCCAGUCAAAAUUCCUCUGCUGUUUGCCAUUCUGAACUCUGACCAGUUUCUUCCCUUUCUAUAUCUAGAACAAAGAAAAUGGUUGAGAUAAACUUUCUUUGUGUCCACAAGAAGCUACGUGCCAAGAGAGUGGCUCCAGUCCUGAUCCGUGAAAUCACACGCCGUGUCCACAUGGAGGGGAUCUUUCAAGCAGUUUACACAGCUGGAGUCGUUUUGCCGAAACCUGUGGGCACGUGCAGGUACAGUGUUGUAUAUGUCUAUAAACACCAGUAUUAGCCAGGUCACUGCAGAUGUUUUUUUUUUAACUAUAUUUCCCAUGAUUCUCACCUGUCAGGGUAGAUAUCAUUUUUGAUGUUUAAGCACGUUGGACGUAGUGGAUUGGCAAGAAGAAGCACACCCAUGGAGUCUACCCUCACCUGCUGCUAGGCUAAUCAGAAGUGAACUUUUGUAUGAGCCCAUCCAACUUUUAUGGCAAUCACAAGCGGAGACCACUGGGUUAAUUAAUUACCUGUGUUCUUAUCCUGUCAGUGUUUCUCCGAAGACAGACUGGUUAAUGCAGAAAUUAUUUUCCAACAUUACGUGAGCAGCAGCAGAGAGACAGACCAAUAGGCGUUCUUCUUGAACUGUUUAUUUAAAAAAAACAAAAAAAAAAACUGGUGGAAUUUUCCGUUGUUGUUGUGCCAAGACACAGGGUGUGUUGUAAAUAUUAAAAAUAUGCAAUUGUGUAGAAAGAGACCCCCUCCCACCCAACAACUUGGCUAGAUUAGAUUGACUUGAAAUUGUAUAAUGUUUAUAGACUUAUUUAAAACAAGUUUGUUAGGUUUCUAAAGAGGCGUUCAUGAGACAGAUCCCAUAUAAGAGUACUAGAAUAUCUAUUGGUUUUGCACAUAACAAGUACCCACUUCUCUUUCUUGGUCCCACAGGUACUGGCACAGAUCAUUAAACCCCCGCAAACUGAUAGAAGUCAAGUUCUCCCAUUUGAGCCGCAACAUGACCAUGCAGAGGACCAUGAAGCUUUACCGGCUGCCAGAGGUAAGUGUAAUUUGACCUCAUUCUGGUCACGGGUACCAAGCAAAAAAAGGGAUUUGUAAUCACAUGUAUGCUCGCUAGUAUUUGUCUUGGGUCAUUAUUGUGUAGUUUUUGGAAAUCCGCUGAAGUGUAAUUAGUAACACUUUAAAAUAGGAAAACAUAAUAUGUAAAUAUUCAUUUUAAGAGCUUGGUUACCUCGGAAACAUUGCAAACGUUCUUGCUUUUUCUUCAUAGACUAAACAUGACCGUACACGAUUAUCAGAUGAGAGUAGGAUGUAAUCUUGAUUUUCCACAAAAACUGAGAAUAUGAGCACUCUAUGAACAAAAAAAGUUCAGAGAAGCUUGCCUGCUCGGGUCUCAAAAAAUGUUUUUGCUCGCUUGUGCCAUUAAACCUAUACCAUUUGCCCCAGGGCAGUCCAGGUUUAAAAUACUGGGAAGCUCCCACUGGUUGAGAGAUGCAGCAAGCCAGGAUGAUCAUUUCAGCCUUCUUUCAGGGGCUCUUCAGUGAGGUUUAGUCAAUACCUCUCUGGCACACUGGGUCCACUUCUGAAAUACAAAGUAGAGCUUUAAUACAUGCAAUUAAUAAAAUAGAAAACAUAACCGGCAUAAGCAGGAAAAUAUACAAAUCUGAAGUGAAGUGCUAUUUCUAAAACCUUAUACCAGUUGUGUAAUGUUGUUGUAGUCCAAUAUCUGUGUACUUAUUUCUUCAAAAACAAAUACAAUAUACAUAGUUCAUUCAGUAUAGAUGUAUAUUAAAUCCCAGAACAUCAAAUUAAAACACUCUGUGUUGGAGAUAAUGAGUUGGCUCUAACUUGAAUGCUUCUGGGUCCGUUUCGGCGCAAACAGAAGAAAGUUCUUAUAGAUACCGAAAGAAGGAAAAAAGUGUUUAAUUCAUAGGUUUCUUUUACCUAAACUUUAUAUAAUGUCCCCUAUUGUCUCACAAUCAUAUGAGUUUAACCUUCUAAAUUAGAGCUUAGAGAAACCUCAGCUUGGAAAAGUGGAAAAGCUUAUUAAAUGGCAUCUUGAGUAGGGGACAAAAAGACAUUAUAAAUUUGUCGCACUACUUCUUCUUAUUCCAGGCACCAAAAACAGCCGGUUUGCGGCCAAUGGAACUCCGCCAUAUCCCGGCCGUGCACAAGCUUCUGGGUCAGUACCUCUCCCAGUUUCACUUGGCUCCUGUCAUGAACGAGGAAGAAGUGCAGCACUGGUUGUUUCCACGAGAAAACAUCAUAGACACCUUUGUUGUGGAGGUAAUAUGGGAGGGGUCUCAGAACUUGGCCUAAAAACUUUUCAUCUGAUAAUCAGCCUGCUCACAGUCAAGGAUUAUACAGAUGAGUUCUGCCUCGUCUUCUAUACUGAACAAAUUACGUGAGGGGGUUGGGCUCCUACAUCUUGACUUUGGUGUUCUCCUAACCCGCAGACCCCGGACGGUGAGGUGACGGAUUUCCUGAGCUUCUACACUUUGCCGUCCACCAUUAUGAACCAUCCUAUGCACAGGAGUCUGAAGGCUGCAUACUCCUUCUACAAUGUCCACUCCAAGACUCCGCUGGUGGAACUCAUGAAUGAUGCUCUCAUACUGGCCAGAUCUGUAAGUAGCUAUGGAUUAUGCCUUCAUACCAAGCUAAUCUGUAGAAGAUGCCCUCAUACCGCUUUGUUUCAAGUAGAUAGGCACAGUAUAAUCGUGCUGGCCAAUUCUGUUAGAUUGAGAUUUGAUUCUGCUUUUCCUCUUAAUCUGCUUUAAUACUUAAAGGCAGACUGGUAGGGUUCAUAGAUUUGAUGACCAGACUUUAACACAUUUUUCCAUUCCGUUUUUGUUUUUUUCGCAGAAAGGUUUUGAUGUAUUCAAUGCUCUGGACUUAAUGGAGAAUAAAACUUUCCUGGAUAAAUUGAAAUUUGGCAUAGGCGAUGGAAAUCUGCAGUAUUACCUGUAUAAUUGGAAAUGUCCCAGCAUGGGACCAGAGAAGGUAUUCAUCUUUAUCUAGUAUUUGUAGUUUGGAUUUGUCUAUUUAAACAUAUUUUUUUUAUUAUUUAUGCAUUUAUAUUGCUCUGUGCGUCUACCUUUUCUGUUCCUUACCAAUAAACUGCAGAAUCCCCUGAUAUUCUUCAAACGUACGGCUGUACGCGAGUUUUAUUUCAGCUGUUGGCCUUCUACAAUAGAUAGCUGUCAAUUUAGCUACAACUCCAAGAUACCUGCUGCUGUGCAAGUGAACCCCUUCCUAUGUGUGAAAUGCAUCGUUGCUCUACACGGUUAAAGGGAAACUAGGCACCCAGAUCACUCCAGCUCUUCGAUGUGGGCUGGGUGCACUUUCCCUGUCCGUUUAACCAUGCAAUGGUAAUUAUUGCAGUUAUUGAGAAACGGCAAUAACUACCUUGCAAGAUUAACUCCACCUCGAGGGACGUCCGGGUUGCUAGGCGACUUUUGGUCGCAGUGCAUGAUGACAUCUAGUGUCAGCCAAAACCCCAUAGGAAAGCAUUGCAGCAGUGCUUUACUAUGGGGUAGUACUCGCGCGCAAGCAUAUUAGGUCCCCGAAGGCUGAGGAGGGCGAAGACGGAACCUGACACGGCACCGAGUGACAUCAACGCUGGAUGUAGGUAAGUGACACAACAGAUUUUUAACCCUUUAAUUGCGGCGGGGGGAGGCUCAGGGACGAGCGAGAAAGGCGCUAUAGUCUAGGAAUACAAUUUUGUAUACCUAGCCUAUAGUUUCCAUUUAAGUGAGCACCAAGAUUGUAGUUUUAGAAGUGUGGAUAUAGAGAGAGGGAGCACAAUAGGGCUUCAAUAAUAAAGUGAAAUUUGUUUUAAUAUAUUCUUACAAAAUCAUGGUCUGUGCAUAUAAAUAAAAAGACGUUUCGACCCUCCUGGGGUCUUUAUCAAGAUCGGAUCUUGAUAAAGACCCCAGGAGGGUCGAAACGUCUUUUUUUUUUUUAUAUAUAUAUGCACAGACCAUGAUUUUGUAAGAAUAUAUUAAAACAAAUUUCACUUUAUUAUUGAAGCCCUAGUGUGCUCCCUCUCUCUAUUUGCUUUAUAUAUAACGCGGGAUGCACCUAGGCAUUUAAACAUUUAUUGUGCUUUUUGCAAUUCUACCAGAAGGAGGAGUGCCUUGCUAUUUGAUUUGUGUGUAUGUAUGUAUGUAUGUAUGUAUGUAUGUAUAUAUGUGUGUGUGUGUGUGUGUGUAUGUAUAUGUAUGUAUGUAUGUAUAUAUAUAUAUAUAUAUCUAUCUCUAUCUAUCUAUAUAUCUCUAUCUCUAUCACACACAGUGCAGAAUUAUUAGGCAACUUGUAUUUUUGAGGAUUAAUUUUAUUAUUGAACAACAACCAUGUUCUCAAUGAACCCAAAAAACUCAUUAAUAUCAAAGCUGAAUAUUUUUGGAAGUAGUUUUUAGUUUGUUUUUAGUUUUAGCUAUGUUAGGGGGAUAUCUGUGUGUGCAGGUGACUAUUACUGUGCAUAAUUAUUAGGCAACUUAACAAAAAACAAAUAUAUACCCAUUUCAAUUAUUUAUUAUUACCAGUGAAACCAAUAUAACAUCUCAACAUUCACAAAUAUACAUUUCUGACAUUCAAAAACAAAACAAAAACAAAUCAGUGACCAAUAUAGCCACCUUUCUUUGCAAGGACACUCAAAAGCCUGCCAUCCAUGGAUUCUGUCAGUGUUUUGAUCUGUUCACCAUCAACAUUGCGUGCAGCAGCAACCACAGCCUCCCAGACACUGUUCAGAGAGGUGUACUGUUUUCCCUCCUUGUAAAUCUCACAUUUGAUGAUGGACCACAGGUUCUCAAUGGGGUUCAGAUCAGGUGAACAAGGAGGCCAUGUCAUUAGAUUUUCUUCUUUUAUACCCUUUCUUGCCAGCCACGCUGUGGAGUACUUGGACGCGUGUGAUGGAGCAUUGUCCUGCAUGAAAAUCAUGUUUUUCUUGAAGGAUGCAGACUUCUUCCUGUACCACUGCUUGAAGAAGGUGUCUUCCAGGAACUGGCAGUAGGACUGGGAGUUGAGCUUGACUCCAUCCUCAACCCGAAAAGGCCCCACAAGCUCAUCUUUGAUGAUACCAGCCCAAACCAGUACUCUACCUCCACCUUGCUGGCGUCUGAGUCGGACUGGAGCUCUCUGCCCUUUACCAAUCCAGCCAGCCCAUCCAUCUGGCCCAUCAAGACUCACUCUCAUUUCAUCAGUCCAUAAAACCUUAGAAAAAUCAGUCUUGAGAUAUUUCUUGGCCCAGUCUUGACGUUUCAGCUUGUGUGUCUUGUUCAGUGGUGGUCGUCUUUCAGCCUUUCUUACCUUGGCCAUGUCUCUGAGUAUUGCACACCUUGUGCUUUUGGGCACUCCAGUGAUGUUGCAGCUCUGAAAUAUGGCCAAACUGGUGGCAAGUGGCAUCGUGGCAGCUGCACGCUUGACUUUUCUCAGUUCAUGGGCAGUUAUUUUGCGCCUUGGUUUUUCCACACGCUUCUUGCGACCCUGUUGACUAUUUUGAAUGAAACGCUUGAUUGUUCGAUGAUCACGCUUCAGAAGCUUUGCAAUUUUAAGAGUGCUGCAUCCCUCUGCAAGAUAUCUCACUAUUUUUGACUUUUCUGAGCCUGUCAAGUCCUUCUUUUGACCCAUUUUGCCAAAGGAAAGGAAGUUGCCUAAUAAUUAUGCACACCUGAUCUAGGGUGUUGAUGUCAUUAGACCACACCCCUUCUCAUUACAGAGAUGCACAUCACCUAAUAUGCUUAAUUGGUAGUAGGCUUUCGAGCCUAUACAGCUUGGAGUAAGACAACAUGCAUAAAGAGGAUGAUGUGGUCAAAAUACUCAUUUGCCUAAUAAUUCUGCACUCCCUGUAUGUGUGUGUGUGUGUGUGUAUAUGUAUGUAUGUAUGUAUAUGUGUGUGUGUGUGUAUAUAUAUAUAUGUGUGUGUGUGUAUAUAUAUAUUACAUAUAUACAUACACACACUCCCCUAUUUUUCUUAAUGCACUAUAUAGAGCAUUCUUUAACCAAUUUAGUUAUUCUGGCCUGAAAUUGGAAAUUCACUUUGAAUUCCCGACAAACUUCACUUUAAUAACCUUUUAUUUUUGCGCGAGUACACCACAUUUUGUUUUUUUUUCUUUUAACAAUAAUUGAGAUAUAUAUAUAUAUAUAAAUUUUUUUAGUCACUAUUAGAAAAAAAAAUCCAUAACACUUUGAAUUGCUGCAAAUACCUUACUACUUCCAUACCACUUACUCUGUGCAGUCUUUGUUCAGAUUUUAACACUCUCUCACUCUUGUCUCUCUGCAGGUGGGUCUGGUUCUACAAUAAACCUUCCCCCCCAUGCCUGAAGGGGUCAGGGAGUGAAAUGGUCCAUCGUCUGCUCCCCAUGCCAGAGAUUGGACAUUGGAGAAAGCAGCCCCAAGGAGCAGAGAACGGUUUCAUAGGCUUAGCCAAGGAAUACACUGUACUGAUGUAUGCAGACGUAUGGAAGCGCAAAGCAGGGUUUUCUGAUAGCCUGGCUUGAAUUAAGGAUUUUUUAGGGAGUGUUCUCUCCCUUCUUUACCCCCUGCUGUGAAUAUAACAUUGCGCCCACUCUUCCUUUCCUGCUGCCAUCUGAAUUGAAAAAGAGUUGUGGCUAAAUAUUAAAGUAUAUAUAUUAUAUAUAUAUAUAUAUAUGUACAAUGUUGUCUGUUUGAUUUUUUUUUUUUUUUUAAUGGUUUAAAGAGAUUGUAGUUUGUUUUUUUUUAUGAAGAUUUGUGACUUAGGAGAUUUUUCCACAAAGAUUAUGUGAAAAACCCAUGCUUUUUUAUGUAUUAAUGAACAGAGAUAAGAAAACAUAGGGUGUAUGGCAUCUUUCUCUCUUUGCGUGUGCUAGAUUAUUAUUUAUAAAGCACCAACAGAUUUUACAGCGCUGUAUGUUAGGUGGAGAGGGUGGCGGAGCUCGGGGAAAAACUAAAAAUGAGCGCAUACCUUUCCUUCCUUCUACCAGGUUAAACCGUCUAACAAAUGUUUUACCUGUGUUGGUUUUUAGUAAAGAACUGCAGAGACCACCACCGCCUGUGACAGUCUCACUUAUUCUGAAUUUGUAGUCUCAUCUUUCAAAAAAAGUUAUGAGUGUUUUUUUUUUUUUUUUUUUAAAUGCUUUUGUUAUAUUUUGUCCAAAUUUCCCUUAAAACCCAUUUAUAUUGGUUUUUUAAAAAGCAAGAUGCACAGCUACCUGUAUUAAUAUGAACAGAACUCUGGUUUCCGAUAGCAGUUACUGGAUAUUUGCCUAUUUUGCUUGGGUGUGUUCAUGUCUGUUAAAUCCAUAAGCACAUAACUAAAGUUUGGGUAUUCCACGAAUCGAGUGCGGAAUCCAAAACGGACAUAAAAGGAAAGCAUCAAGCAGCUGGAUAACUAAUGUAUGUUACAGCUUGAGAUGCACUAACCUAUCUGGCUUUAUAAACUUGUUCAAUGGUUUCCAGGAUUUUGGAGAAGGGGAGGUGUAGAUCCCACCUUUACCAUUCUGGUCUAUCAAAACAAAGUGUAGUUUUCUAAUAUAAACUACUGUACUACUACGAACACUCCAGCUGUAAUUCCCAUUUCAAUCAUGAAAAAUGCAAAUGUGUGUGUUGGUAUAAUGUGUGGUCUCAAGCAGCACUGUCCCUUCCCAUUAUUUAUUUUUGUUUUUUUAUUUUCUUAUUCCCAUGUUUCACUUUUUGUCACCACCUACCUGUCCCUCUGCUCCCCCAUUGCAACUUCAUUUCAGAGAUGGUGGCUGUUACAUUUCUGUAACCCCCACAUCGGGUUCACCUGGCAUCUUCACAGACUUGCCCUGGCUGGGGACACUUCCCAGUGCAGGCUAAAACUCCUGCAUUACAGACAUGUUUGCUUUGAUGCUUGCAUGCCAGAAUCUGAACUUACACUCCUUAGCCAACACCGGUUUAGGGAGUUACAAUAUGGGUGAAGAGCACAAGGACCACUGUGUGGUGUUUUUUUUGUUCUCCUUUAUCAAUCGAUUCCUCUGCAUAGAGGUUUAUGCUGAAGAAUUGAUUGGCAGAUGGGGAAAAAAAUAAAACUAUUUUAAAUGUAUAGAUGAAAUAUCAGGUGCUCUGUAACAAAUGUGUUUGAGGUCUGGAAAAAGAAUUUUAAAAGUAGAAAUCCACACCACUCAUUUACCUUUCUCAUAGAAUGGAAGGUGUAGGAUGAAAAAAAAAAAAAUAUUCUAUCUCCUCCCCAUUUGAAAUGUGUGUCUGAGCUGAACAGAAUUUCAUUGUCAUUUGCUAAAUUUUUAAAGGAACACUAUAGUGUUAAGAACACAAAAAUAUCCCUGACACUAUAGUGUUCCUUUAAGAUUUAUAAAAUGUUCACAUAAUUACAACUUCCAAACACACCUCUUCUGUCUAUAAACCCAUGUGGUGCAAAGAUUUGAGAUAAAGUCAGCAUCCUGAUUAGCUGACAAUGUCUUGGGAAAAGCAUGGGAAUUUGUUAAAAAUGUUUUAUUUAUUUUUAAAAUAGCAUUAUCUUUUUGUAUUAUUGAGAGGUUAUUGUGCAUAUUUUGUAAAUGCAAUGGUGUAUUUAAAAAAAAAAAAAAAAAAAAAUAGAUUCCCGGCUUGAGUGACCCUUUAACUGGCAUGUGCCAUAAUAGGACGAAGAAUCUUGUGCAUUAAACACAAGAUCUUUUGGCUUUCUGCUCAUUGAUCCUAGAAUUAUUGGUUGAAAUGCUUAUAAAGUCCUACUGAUUUGGUUUUAUAACUAACAGGCCUAGUUGCAACUGGCUUUCAUGCGACCUAGAAAAUUGCAAAAUGUUAAAUAUGUGUAAAUAAAUGCACAUGGGACCCAGAAAAACUUGAAAAUGUACAUUUAUUACAAAGAGAGCGGAUUUUGUCCUGUAGUUAUAACAGAGCAAAGAGAACUUAAAUAAAACAAUACUUUGGUUUUAUAGCUAAACAGAGGAGGACGCAUUCAAAGUUAAUAAAAUUCUUAUAUAUUUAGAAAUCUUUCUCUGUGCUGUUGCCUUAUAAACAUUAAUAACCCCCAUUAAUUACAUAGCUGUACCCUGAUUGCCAUUCUUUGAGUGAUGCAAGCUUUCGAACAUUGCUUCAGGCUGACGGAAUGUCAUCUAUUUUUAUUUUUUGCUAUGGAACAUAUAUUAAUUUAUCUCAGUUGGUGAUGGUUCUUUAAAUGUCAUACAGUAAACAAGACCUGAAUGAAUUGCAAGGUAAUACCAGAAAUAAAAUAUAUAGUUUUUGUGUGGGUAACAAGACACAUGGUUUAAUCAAUAAACUAAGAAUUGUGGUGAAAAACACAGAACACAUUGCAAAAUAUAGGCUAUAAUAGCCGAACUGUGAUGGCACUAACUGGCUGAUAUUUAUUGGGAUGAAGACGUAUUGGUACUUUCUGGCUGGGAUUAGUGGGACGGUGUGGAUUGAGAACGGAGGGACCAGGAUAAUGGGAUUAGGAGGUUAAAAUACUGUGAAUGUAGAUAGGGAAGACGGCAUUAUAAGGCAAGUGGCACGGGGCUAACAAAGGGAUUAUGGGGGUUUGAAGUGGUUAUGGUGCUAGAGGUGAGGGGAUUAUAGUAUACCUGCGGCAGAUGAGGGGAUUAUGGUGCUGGAGGAAGGUGACUGGAUCUAUGGGGUAGUGGUUGAUGAAAGCAUUACAAGGUUAAUGAAUUAGUAAAUAACCCUAUUAGCGGGCAUAUUGAAAAAAUACAAACCUGGACCUUUAAUAGUCCCUUACACCUGGUUAAAGAAAGAUUCUUCUAUGAGAGAACAAAUACACAACUCUAUAGAGCUGUCUAGAUACAUAUUAUAUAUAAAUGAAACCAUAUUUAUUUAUAUAUUUUUGAAUAGCCUUCAUUGAGGCUAAUGUAACACUCUAGAUAAUACAGUAUUUAGAAAAAAUAUUCAAUACCACUAGUUUUACAACUUCACUAUUUUGGCAUCAAAUAGAAAAUUCACAGAUCGAUUUACAAUUCUCUUAUUUUUGUUUUCCACAAUACUUUUUUUUUUUUUAUAUAUAUGAGAACAGGAAGCUGGAAUGGUGGCUCAUUGGUGAUCCAGGCGAGUCUCAAACCAUUAAAAAAUGGUGACUACUAGCACCAUAAAAACUACAUAGAACUGCAGUUGUUAUGGUUCCUAGGCUUACCAUUUCACGUUUUCUUAAAUUUCACUAGCCGCACUUCUAUGUCAAUUUGUGGUCUGGGAAAGAAUUAUACAUCUAGCAUCUACUAACUAACGAUAGUAUUUUGUAUUUUAAAACGUUUUAAUGUUUAUUUGUAUUGUAUGGUAUAUUGUCUGAGAAAAUAAACAACUUCACGUCCAAAUAAAUAGCUUUAAACAUAUAUGUCCUCCAUAGUCAAGACAUUUUCAC